AUGUUGAAUGUCAGAGUCUUACAAACACCAGCCGUAAUCAUUGAUAAUGGAUCCGGAUCUUGCAAAGCUGGGAUUUCUGGUGAGUCUGAACCAAAAUCCAUUGUCCCAUCUGUUGUUGGUCAUUUCAAAGAGAGGCCGGAGGAAAUUUAUAUUGGAGGUGGAGCCCUCUCCAAGAAAGGGGCCUUGCUGAGUUAUCCUGUUGAACGUGGGAUUAUUUCCUGUUGGGAUGAUAUGGAGAAGCUGCUAAGAUACAUCUACAAAUACGAACUUAAAGUGAAGCCCAGCACAAGGCCUGCCUUUCUUUCAGAGCCCCCCAGGAAUCCGCUGAAGAAUCGGGAAAAAAUCACCGAGCUCAUGUUUGAAAGCUUUAAAGUUCCGGCUUUGUACCUUGCGAUCCAAGCUACUCUAGCCUUGUAUACCUCGGCUCGUACCACCGGUUUGGUGCUGGACAGCGGAGACGGAGUAACCCAUGCCGUCCCAAUUUAUGACGGAUACUGCUUACCUCAUGGGGUAUCCAGACUCCCUGUGGCAGGGAGGGACGUGACGGACUACCUUGCCAAUCUCCUUUUGGAGAACAACCCUGCUUUAGUGAGCCGAGCCAGGAAAACGGUGCUGAGGCUCAUCAAAGAGAAUUUCUGCUACGUGGCUUUGGAUCCCAAACAAGAAGCUCAGAAGAAGGUGGAAGAGACUGUGAAGCUCCCCGAUGGAAAUACCAUCAAAGUCCAUCUGGAUCUCUGCCAAGCGCCAGAAAUCCUUUUUACGCCCAAGACCAUCGGUGUUGAGGCACCAGGCAUCCAUACCAUGAUCGUCAGGAGCAUCCGGAAGUGUGACAAGGACAUUUGGGCUCCCUUAUACGGGAAUGUGGUCCUCUCAGGGGGGUCUUCUCUUUUCUGGGGCUUGGACGAAAGAAUCUUUAAAGAGAUCGAGCACCACGUCCCAAACGGGGUUCCCAUACGAAUCAUAACACCUCCGGAAAGGUCCAGCGCGGCUUGGGUGGGCGCAUCUAUUAUUAGUAACUUGGUAUCUUUUCAACCAAUGUGGUUUACCCAGGAAGACUACAAAGAAUUUGGGGUGGCUGGGAUUCACCGGAAGUGUUUUUAG